AUGGCGUUGAGCCUUUUCGCUCUUCUGAAUAAAAACUUUUCAAACGCUGAAGAUCUCCCGAUGUGGUUCAACGGAUACUACGUAUAUCCAAAAGACGGAUCAACUUCAACCGAAUCGAUAACAUGCGGCAACACUGACAGCGCGUGGAUAACAUCGGGAACCUAUGCCGGCUGUUGCAAAAUUUCUCAAACAACACCAUGUGCAAUGGCUACAAACUGUCUAGAUGGAACCGUUCAACUUCAAUACGGUCUCACUUAUACCUGUCAACGAGGCGCCUCCUGCCAAACAAUGACCGUAUACGAAACCUCCCCCUUCGGCUCGCCGUCCGCAACAAACAUCUUCUGUUGGCAGGAUUGGAAAGCGUAUACUGUCUACCGCACUCUCCCGGCGGACGUCACGGCCACGGCAACGAAAUCGCCAUCAAUCACUCCACCACCCCAGCGUUCACCUCUGUCAACAACAGCUUCAUCUUCUUCUCCAACCCUACCAUCCCAAAAAGAACAAGAAAAUCCACAAUCAUCAAACAAACCCUCCUCGGGCGUAAUAGCAGGCGGUACAAUCGGCGGUGUCGCGGGUGUCACCAUCGUAGGCCUUGGCCUCUUCUUCUUCCGCCGCAACCAGAAAAGGGGCAAAAUCGCAAUGGGGAUUGGGCGAGGGUCGGAACUGGACAGCUCACAGAUGCUAUCCGAGCUGGGUGACGGGCCACGCGGAGCUGGGGCUGUAGUUACAGCGAAAGGGUACUAUGCACCUGCUGUUGCUCCCGAAAACGAGCGUGACAUUGCUCCGUAUCUGAAAGCGAAUCUAUCGCGUGAGAGGCUUACGGCUGCGCAAGAAAUGCCCACGAGCCAUGAUUGA